UCUCUUCCUUAAACUUAUAUUUUCAUGGAUGUACAUCGUGCUAUAAAUGUAUAAUUAGUCUAGUUUUUGUAUUUGCUAAAUCACUAUUGGUUACAUUCUACCAUGUUAUUACCACUGAUAAAGAUAAGACCGUCGAGCGUCCUUCUGUCUAACCUGGUUGUUGUGUCACACUGCCCUCUCCUGGUAGCACUGCAAAACAUCACUAAAUGAAUUCAUGAAAUAAAAUAAAAAACAUUCUUACCAGAUAGAAUAUGAAUUUAUGGGCUGAACACUUGCAUUACGUGUAUUAAGCCUUUACAUGACAUAAAUAUAAACAUAUACUAUAAACCUAUAUCUGUUGAACCCGCCCACUGUGUUGAAACAGGAAGUACAUUUAUACGGAAGUCGAGGAAGAAAUGGACACGAUCAGUCGAAUGAAAAUGUUUCUAAGCUGAGUGAGCUGUGACUUACAUCGAAAACAAGUUUCUCUGGGGGGAGAGAGAGGGGGGGGGAGACCACUGCCUCUAAAACGAGUCACGUCUGGGGAGAGAGAGAGGGACCACUGCCUCUAAAACGAGUCACUCUGGGGAGAGAGAGAGGGAGAGAGGGGGAGACCACUGCCUCUAAAACGAGUCAUAUCUGGGGAGAGAGAGAGGGAGAGAGGGGGAGACCACUGCCUCUAAAACGAGUCACAUCUGGGGAGAGAGAGAGGGACCACUGCCUCUAAAACGAGUCACGUCUGGGGAGAGAGAGAGAGGGGGAGACCACUGCCUCUAAAACGAGUCACGUCUGGGGAGAGAGAGAGGGACCACUGCCUCUAAAACGAGUCACGUCUGGGGAGAGAGAGAGAGGGGGAGACCACUGCCUCUAAAACGAGUCACAUCUGGGGAGAGAGAGAGGGACCACUGCCUCUAAAACGAGUCACAUCUGGGGAGAGAGAGGGGACCACUGCCUCUAAAACGAGUCACAUCUGGGGAGAGAGAGGGGACCACUGCCUCUAAAACGAGUCACAUCUGGGGAGAGAGAGAGGGACCACUGCCUCUAAAACGAGUCACAUCUGGGGAGAGAGAGAGGGAGAGAGGGGGAGACCACUGCCUCUAAAACGAGUCACAUCUGGGGAGAGAGAGAGGGACCACUGCCUCUAAAAUGAGUCUGUCUGGGGAGAGCGAGGAGAGAGGCACUGCCUCUAAGAGGAGGUAUUCUGAGAGAGAAGAGAGGCCCAAUGCCUCUAAAAAUAGUUUGCCUCAAGACACCAGUUCUACGAGAGACCAUGGUGGAGAGAGUUGUAUCGAGCCUGGACCUGAGGACACCAGAGACCAUGGUGGAGAGAGUUGUAUCAAGCCUGGACCUGAGAAAUGGAUUCCUCAGAGCUGUGAGACUUGUGACCAUGUUGAGGACUCCACACACAGACUUCAGAUUGAACCCUUGACUUCCACUGUCCAGGGAGUGACAAUGUUCAGGCACAGGACACCCAGAGGGAGUUAUGAGUGUACAGUGUCUGGGCUCCGCUGGCUGUGUGAGAGAGAUGUCAUUCUGAAGUAUCACUUCAGGAACUGGGAACCCUACAGUCAACUUCUGAAAGACAUGCGGUACACACAAGGUGGUCCAUUGCUGGACAUCACUAUGGAGUUAGGUGAACUGGAGGAAGUUCAUCUGCCACACUUUGUCUGUUUAGGGACCAACCCUUCCCUGAGGAAUGAGAUGAAGAUUCUUCAUGUAGAGGAACAUGGAGUGUCUUUAGAGGAAGUGCAUGAGGUCACCAGAUUCCAUGUUAAGAUUCUCCAUCCCAAGUUCUCAUCGGUCUCUGUGGUCCUGAACAAAAUCGCCUGUUGGAACGUAGAUGUCCACUGUGACGUGGUCCUCUAUUUGGCAGUAAAAAGGUCAACAGUCAUUUCAAGGCUGUACCUGCUCCUCAGAAACUCCAGUCAGAAAGAAGCUGUUCAGGACCGGGAGAAAAUCAGCUGUCCCAAGGAUAUUCUGAAUUUCUCCUGUCAAGUCCAAACGGGUCCUUAAAGCUGAACAGUUGGUUUGCACUCAAGAAUCCCCUCUCCACCUCCAUCAAUCCAGAGAAGAUUCAGCUGUUACCUGCAGACACCACACCAAGCUGUUGUAAGAUGAUAAUGGGAAACACAGGGGUGGACAUUGAGAUGGAGUUAAUCGGGGAUGAUGAGAGGACAGCGUGGAGAGAUAUGCUACAAGCAGAUGUGUACAUCACUGACACUCAUUCAACUAGUAAGUAAACAUGAGAGAUGCAAACCAAUGACUUGAGGGUCAGUCAACAUGGUUUACUGUAGGACUUGGACUCGUCCUGAUUUAUAAAAGACUGUCUUCAAGAACAAUGACAUCUCCUCCAGGACUUGAUGUAGAUCAGCCUGGUUCUGAAUGACCCAAUGACAUCUCCUCCAGGACUUGAUGUAGAUUAGCCUGGUUCUGAAUGUCCCAAUGACAUGGUAGAAUGGAUAGCAACAGUGUUGGGGUACAAAAUACAAAAAUAACUGUACAAAUGUUAUGGAGACACAAAGUGUAAAAACAUUGAAUAUAAGAAUAAUAAUUGGAGUAAUUUGGACUGGAGAGACCUGCUCCUAGAUCAACACGCCUAUUCAAUGUUUAGGAUUACCCUGAAUGCUCCCCCCCCCCCAAAACAGGGUAGGGACCUACCUGAAUUUGUCCAAAAUAAACAAUUUUGCAACUAUUUUGUUUUCAAAACGUUGUGCCACUGUGGGUGACUAAUGAAUACCCCCUGAUCUGAUUGGGCUGUAAAUCUUUGUCAAAAAAGCAGACCCUCUUCAGGAGAGAUGGAGGAGAAAGGAGAGAUAGUGGAGAGAUGGAGAGAUGAGGAGAGAGGAGAGAUGGAGGAGAGAGGAGAGAUGGAGGAGAGAGGAGAGAU